UUUCUAUCGAUAUAUGAAAGUCCUAAGUCAUUGUAUUGAUAAAACUAUCAAUCAAUAUUUUAAGGAUUAUACUUGAAACAAAUUCUAUAAAUAAUAUAACGAGAAAAACUUAUAGUCAGGUGCUACAAAAUGUUCAGUGCUAAAGUUGUUAUUUUCCUCGCUGCUGUAGCAGUAUGCUAUGGUGUUCUGAACGCUAAACCUUCCCACAAACGUCUACAGAUUGACGGUGGCACUUUCGCAAAAAUCGAAGAUUAUCCAUUCUUAGUUUCCGUCCAGUUUUGUUAUUUGGAUUUUUGCGAUCACAUUUGCGGUGGUGUAAUUGUCAAUGAAAAGUGGGUAUUGACAAGUUCUAAUUGUGUAAGUGACCCCAAAAAAAUAAUUGCUAUUGGAACUUCUAAUGUAGACGUAUUAGACAUAGCCGACCUAGAUAUUGUUGACGUUGAAGCUGCAUAUCGCCAUCCUAACUAUCCCGUUAGAGGAAUCGGUCGUAAUGAUAUUGCUCUACUUAAGUUAGCUCAACCACUGACCUUCAAUAACAAAGUUCAGCCUGCAAAAUUGCCAACGCAAGGCCAAGAAUUCAACGGUACAGCUGUUGCCACUGGUUACGGUCUCGGAUUCGAGCUUAAUGCCGCCCUUGAUUUAACGCUCGUAUCUUUUGAUGAUUGUAACAGAGUCAUCGAAAAACUCAUCCCAUACGAAGAUAAUCCCUUAGAUAAGGACAGUAACCUUUGUACCUUAAACGAAGUAUCAAACAACUGCGCUGGUGAUAUCGGUGGUCCUCUUUCUCAAGACGGAACCGUUAUUGGUCUUAUCACAUGGUACUUUGACAAGCCAUGCAAUACUAAGGGAGCUCCAAAUGUAUUCACCAAGCUUUCUAACUUCGCCGACUGGAUACACCAAACCAUUACCGAAAAUAGUUAAAUUGUAUGAUUUUUUUAAAUAAAGAUAUAUUUCAUUGGUUAA